AUGAAGACUCUCCAUCUUGUACAUGCUUCCAAUGGAGGACCUGUCUCUACAGUGAAGAUGAUGGCCAUUACGUCUACAUGGAUGGGAGAAUCCAGUUGUUGGCGUACACUAUCAGGACCAUCACGUCUUCAAUUAAUGGGAUGUCGUAGUCCUACUAUACGUGCAGUACUAGAAGGAAAACAAAAACAAUCUUCAUCUUCUUCUUUAUUAUUAUUUAGUAAUGCCUUAUAUAUUCAACAACGAGCAAUUGGACCUCGACAAUAUGCCCCAAAAGGAUUUCGAGAAGCCGCUGGUCGGGCUCCCAUGACCUUUGAAUUUGGUGAAGAAUGUAAUGAUCUUGCUAAAGUGGCUCAUCAGACUAAAAACUAUGGAGAUGCGAUUAGUCUCUAUGAUCGUGCGCUAACAAUGAGAAGAGAAAAGUAUGGUCCUAUUCACGUCAAGUGUGCGGCUACUCUUCAUAAUAUUGGUCGAGUCUUUCUAGAUAUGCGAGAACCCGGGGCCGCAGAGAAUGCCUUAACAGAAGCCGCUGCUAUUUAUGAGGAAGUUGAGGGAAAACAAUCUCUUCGAUAUGCAGAGAGUCUUGCACUUUUAGCUCUUGCCUAUACACAUUUAAAUUUUUUAAAGGAGGCGGAAAAGGCAUUUCGUGAGAGUAUUAAAAUCUUUCGAGAUGUUUCUUAUAAUCAUGCAGCUAAUUCUUGGUUACCAGAUAAUGCUAACACCACUGCAGCGGCUGCGGCUUUAACAGAACCACAAAAACAUCCACUCGCUUCUGCUGCACAUGCCCUUGCAGAUUGUGCUCAAUUGUUUUUAUUACAAAAGGAAGAACAUCGUGCUAUUGCGUUUUUAGAAGAAGCUUUAGAGAUUCGUCGUUUUCUCUAUUCACGACAUAAUAAGUAUCGUCCUAUUAUUGCCCAAACCUUAAAUAAACUCUGUGAGGUGAAGAAAACGAUUAAUGAUGCCACAGGAGCAGAAAUGUGUAUAAAUGAAUGUUUAGAUAUCUGUAUAGCCACACUUGGACGAGAUGCGCCUGCGACUGCACAGGCAACGAGUAGUAAAGCCGCACUUCUCGCGGCUCGUCGACAAUUUCGUGAGGCUCGUCGUCUCUAUGAAAGUAGUUGUCAAAUCUACGCAAAGGCACUUGGUCAAGAUUCCGUUUUGUAUGGAAUGGAAUUAGUGAAACUUGGUCGUAUUGAGGAAUUAUGUGAGGCUUAUAUAACUGCACAGAAAACAUAUGAACGGGGAAUAGAAAUUCUGCGGGCCGCACUUGGUCCACAAGCCCCACAACUCGCAGAAGCGUAUACCUUUCUUGCCUCAUUAUUAAUAAAAAGACAAGAAUUAGAUCGUGGGAUUCAACUUUUACAUGAUGCGGUGCGAUUACGAAAAGCAAGUAAUCCUAAAGAUCCACAACUUGCCUUUUUAUAUCAUAAACUUGGGGAUGCGUAUGCUGUUCGACGGGAAAGUCAUGCAGAGGCGUAUUUUCUUCUUGCGAUUGAACAAUUUCGUAUGAAUGCCACGAUUGAACCACUUCAACGAACUUUUCUCACAGAUGUCUUGGAUGAUCUCGGUUUACUUUAUUUAGAUUUUCAUCAUUAUACCAAAGCGGAACGGUGUUUACGAGAGGCAUUAAAUAUACGUAUUGAAAUGUUAGGUGAAACCCACGCUACGGUAGCCUAUUCUUAUAGUAAUUUCGCCUUAUUACAUCUUCAUCGAGAAGAAGUAACAGAGUGUGAAAAGAUGUGUAAUUUAGCAUUAGAUAUGUAUACAAAAACAGCUCGUUCUAAUGUACUUGCCCAAGCAGAUGUGUAUACCACUUAUGGACAAUGUUGUCAUUUACAAAAAAGAUAUCGUGAGGCAAUAGAAUGGCAUGAAAAGGCAUUAAAUAUCCGUCGAACAAGAGGAGAAACAUGUGAAACCGCUACUGCAGAAUCCUUUAAUCAUAUUGCCCGUGUAUAUAUAUCGAUGAAACAAUAUGCACAGGCUACUCGAUAUUUAGCAGAAGCAAAGAAAAUUGCAUUUCAAUUUACAGCGGCUUUUGCGCAGUAUUUACGGCAAGAAGUAACCAAGACGGAACAACAAAUUCCACCAAUGGAAGAAUGGACAGCAGAGGAACGAGCGGCAUCGGCUUCUAUUCUCUCUACUCCACCCAUGUUAACAGAAACCAAUACCAAGAAGGAAGAGGAAAGUAUAGAAAUGCCUCCCUCUGAUGAUGAGAUGCAUACAACAACAACGAAAAUAUGA